AUGAAGAACCAAUCCUCUGUCACAGAGUUCAUCUUGGUGGGUCUGUCCAGUUUCCUUGAAUACCAGAUGUUCCUCUUUGUGGUAUUCACCUUCAUCUACAUGGCCACCCUCGUGGGAAACCUCCUCAUCGUCCUCACUAUUACUACUAGCAGCAGGCUUCAUACCCCUAUGUACUCUUGCUCAUCAACUUGUCCUUGAUAAACCUUAUCCAUCUCAGUGUCCAUCCCCAAAAUGCUGCAGAACCUUCUGGAGCACAGGAAGACCAUUGCCUUCUUAGGUUGCAUUGCACAGAUCUGUCUCUUCACUUGGACUCUGGUAAGUGAAGUUCUGGUCCUUGCUGCCAUGGCUUUUGACCUCUAUAUUGCUAUCUGCCACCCUUUGCAUUACAUCAUCAUCAUGAGGAAGGAGGUUUGUGCUGGGUUAAUUGCUGGCAUAUGGAUAGUCGGGGUGGCCAAUUCUGCAGUCCACACUGGAUUUGUGCUCCAGCUUUCUUUCUGCGAAGCAAACAUCAUCAACCAUUUCUUUUGUGAAUUGCCACCAUUUCUAAAACUCUCCUGCUCAGACACCAGCCUCAGUGAAACCCUGAUUUUUCUGGCUGUUGCAGUCUUUGGGAUGGGGAGCUGUGUGAUAACUUUAAUGUCCUAUUACUUCAUCCUGAGAACUAUCUUGAAGAUUCGCUCCACAGAAGGCAAGAAGAAAGCCUUCUCCACCUGCUCCUCCCACCUUAUAGUGGUCAGCUUGUACUACUCCACAGCCAUGUACACCUAUAUACACCCCUCCUCAGCCUACUCUCCGGACAGAGACACAGUGAUCAUUAUCCUAUAUUCGGUUAUAACUCCAGUGCUCAACCCUAUCAUAUACUCUCUGAAAAACAAUGAGGUCAAAGAGGAUCUAAGAAAAGUGAAAGGAGACUUGGGCUAUUUCAAAGACAAUAAUAUUAUCUAUCUAUCUAUCUAUCUAUCCUACUUAUAA